AUGGGGCACAAGGGCACCGCCACCGCCGCAAGUCCUUGGUGCCAGGCACACCGAGAGGGGCUGGGAGCCGCCUGGUCCUGGACACCGGAGCAGGAUAGACAUGCUUCUGUUGACACCCAAGAUCAUUGUCAUGUGUGGCACAUGAAUCUAGAAGUCCUUCCUGAAUGGAUAAGCUGCCUAAUACAAAAGGCACAGUGGACUUUUGAAAUAUUGAACUGCCCUUUCUGCGGGGCCCACUUAGGGGGCUUUAACUUUGUCAGCACUCCAAAAUGUUCCUGUGGCCAUCUUACAGUUGUAUAUCUCUCCAAGAGCCGGACCAGUUAUCAAGCAACACAGGCAAAUGGAUUAAUGAGACCAUCGCUGAAAUAUUUGUCCAGUUCUAGAAUUCAAUCAGGUUGUAACAAGGAAACUCUGCUGACAGGUGGUGGCUCCAGAAAGAGGCUUUCAAACGUGGCCCAAAAUAAUAAUGACCUUGGAAUAUUAACAGAAGCACUCUGCCUGGAGGUGAGAUCAACAUAUUUUCAGAUGAAGAACAAAAAAUUGCUUUUCAGAACACCAGAUUCAAAAUACCAGCUUUUUGUUCCCCAGCUUAUAUCUGGCAGAUGCACUACAAGAGCUUUUCAUAGAAAAUCACAUAGUUUGAAUCUGAACAAUGAGAAGCUGACUUUGUUACCCACUUUAUAUGAAAUACAUAGUAAAAGUCCUGCCUAUACCAAGCUAAAUGAAACACAUCCUAUUGACCUUUCAGACUUGCCUUUACAGUCUAGUAAAAAUAGCUGUUCUUCUCAGAAUCCAUCUAGUUUUGAUACUGAUUUGCUACUACAAAGAUUUUCUGUGGCUCCCCAUGAGACCCAGACACAAAGAGGAAGAGAAUUUCAGUGUGGUCUAGAAGCUUCUUCAGUGUACUCAGACCACACAAAUAGCAACAACCUGACUUUGCUGAUGGACCUACCCUCAGCUGGCAGAAGCAUGUUAGAGACCUCAGACCAAGAGGAGCACCUGUUCCCUCUGGACUUCCUCCGUUCAGCCAGUAAAUUUUCAUCGGGCAACAUUAAUCAGAGGCUAAAUAAGAGAGAAAGAAGCAAGUUGAGAAAUCUAAGAAGGAAACAACGAAGGCAUGAAAGAUGGCUAUAGAACCAGGGUAAAUGUUCAGGAGUGGGUUUGCUGGAUCAUAUGAAGAACAGGUUUGGAGAACUAUUGGACAGCUGA